AUGGAUAAAUUAAAUUCAAUACAUAAAUUAAAACUUUUAGAUUUGAAUCCUCAUUUAAUGUGUGUCCUAUGUGGAGGAUAUUACAUUGAUGCGACAACAAUUGUAGAAUGCCUACAUUCGUUUUGCAGAUCCUGCAUUGUUAAGCAUUUGGAAAGUAGUAAAUAUUGUCCGAUAUGCGAAGUACAGGUACACAAAACGAAACCUUUGCUCAACAUAAGACCGGAUAAAACGUUACAAAAUAUCGUUUAUAAAUUGGUACCGGGUUUAUUUGCAAAUGAAAUGCGAAGCAGAAGAAAAUUUUACAGGGAAAGACCUCAUUAUAUAAAGCCAACAAAUUCCGAAUUGAUCGGUGAAGUUUCAAAUGAAAUUUACAUAAACGAUGAUAACAUCACUUUUUCAUUAGUUUAUCAUGCGGGUUCGAUUACGUCAUCAUCUAAUAAUUUUGGAGAAGGUUACAGGGAAAUUUUACCGCCGUUUCAUCAAGAUUUAAAAAGGUAUUUUAAAUGUCCCACGGGAGUAACCGUUUAUCACCUCAAGAAAUUGCUCAAAAAAAAAUACGAUUUAAACGAUAACAAUUACAAAAUGGAAAUUUACUUAAUGGAUCAACCUCUAAGAGAAGAAUUAACACUCCUCGACGUUUCUUACAUAUACCAUUGGAAAAGUGUUGGUUUUAAUUUUGUUUGUUUGUUUGUUUGUUUGUCGAACAAUGCAUCGAUCUAUCGAUUAAUUAAAUUUAAAAUUGUUUGUUUGUUUGUUUGUUUGCAGAAGGGUAGUUUGAACCUGACGUGUAAAAUAUUCGAAAACGUUAUCAAGCGUCAAAAAUUAGAAGAAAAAUUUUACAGUAAUGCUAGUUUGACGACGGGAAUGAGUAGUAGAGAAGAAACGGAAGGAAAGAAAGAACGGAUAAAUUGUACGGAACCAAAGAUGAAUGAGGUUAAGAGAGAAAAGGAGGAGGGAAUGGAAGUCGUGGGGAAGAAAAAGAAGAAAAACGACGGCGAAAGUGAAAAAUUGAAAAACGGCGAAAGUCAUGGGAAAUCCGAUGUUGAUAACACGAUAUCGAGGAUCGGCGAAAUCGGGAAAAAUUCGUCGCCGUCGGAUUGUAAAAAAGAAAAUGUCCAGCCGACGGGAUCGUCGUGUGAUGCUCACAAUAAAACGGAAACGUCCAAAGUCAAAGAAAACGGCGUCGUCGUCAAGGAGGGGGAAAGUAAAGAAGUUCAAUUGCAAAUAAGUGAAUCGGGUGUUAUGAGUGUGUCACAGGUUGAAGACGGAAAAAUCGUUAGAACACUCGAAGACGCUCCGCCGAAAGUUAUUAACAAUCAACAUUUAAUUACGGGUUUAAGUUUAGGUCUUAAUAAAGGAAACGAUAAUGGUGGAGAAACGAACGGGAAUAAAGUCGAUGGUAACAACGUUGAUCGAACACCGGUGGUGACGACGACGACGACGACAACGGUGGCGGCGGUUACACCGGCCUCGGUGGCGACGGCAACGUCGACGUCGACGGCGGUAACGGAAUCCCAUCGUAAAACGUCAACGAAACCGGUUAAAUCGUACAAAACGAUUCGAUGCGCUCCGAAAACGUGGAAUCCGGUCAUACCAAAAGAAAAACUUCGUCCGACUCUGAUGAAAAACUCACCGGAAGAACCGAAAAAACCGUUGAAGUUUUUCAAAAUGAGAAACAUGCCGCGGUUUUUGGGCAAUCCAUCGAGCGGCGUCAAACCGCUUUUCGCUCACGAACCCCAGGAAAACAACAACGGAGAAGAGGAUAAGAAAAAAGGGCAGGAUAAUAAAAAGCAACAACAACAACCCGCGGAAACGGUUAAAAAUAAAAUAUUGAAAAUCGAUCCGAAAACUCUUAGGCCCAUUGAGAAAUCGACGUCGGAAGACGUCAAAGUAACGCCGACGACUCCGACGGUUCCGAACCUUCUCACGAAUCCUUUCAUACCCAACAACAAUCAUUUCCUUUUCAGCGAUCUCCAUUUGCUUCCUCCGAAUUGUGGAAAUUUUACGAAUUCAAAAUUCGACGUUAAAAACAACGACUUCGCCCCCGACAAAUCCCCUCCGACGGGUGGGAUUUUUAAAAAUCCUUUACCGAACGGAAGUUAUCCUCCCAUAUGUUUCCCGACUCCCGACCACAAAUCAAAUUUUUAUCCCUUUUCGAAUUUGACAAAACCUCAAAAUUUUCCAUUUCCCGUCACGGAUAAAAUGGAUCCGCUCCUUCGAGCGUCUCGUCUGUCACCCUUCGGUAACCUCGCCGGAUUCAACGUGGCAGGAUUUCACGCGAGUUUGCCUCCGAGCAUAAGUCGAUUACUCAAUCCGCACCAUCAUUUUCGUAAAAUAAAUCAAUCGCUCGAAAACAACAACAACAACAACAGCAGCAGUAGCAGCAGCGGCAGCGGGAGUAGUAGCGGUGGUAGUAGUAGUAAUAGUAGGAAAAACAAAGAUGAAAGUACAAAAGUAGAAACGAAAAAUAAUGCAACUAACUGUGAUGAUAGCUUAAAGAUAAUAACGAAUGCGACGGACGCCACCUCAGGAAAUGAAAAAAAUGUUAGUAUUAGCCAGGGGGGAAAUAUAAAAAUAAAUAACGAAAGUGCCUCAAUAGCAGAAGUCAAAUCGAUUCGUGAUAAUAAUUCACAUGUUGAUGAUAAGGAUACAAAGAGAUAG